AUGCCCCUAACCGUCCUUUCCGAUUCUGAUGUCCGAGAACUGCUCUAUACCCUAACAAAGGAGGACAUCGACGAACUCCAAUCCAACCUUGCUGAAGCCCUCCACUCAUAUUCGACAGGUGACACCAACUCCCCCUGCUGCGCAUCUUUCCAGCCACAGCGGACAGUUAUCAAGAAGAAUGGCGUCACCACCCUCUUCAUGCCAGCGUCCACGGGGACCUCUGUAGGAAUGAAGAUCGUUUCGCUCCAGCAACCCGACACCCCCGUUCACAGCAAAUCUUCAGUCUCGUCCGGCACCUCUGAAAGCCUUGCAACCGCUUCAGGCAGCAUGUCGUCCUCUACCUCGGUCAGGUCUGCAACGAAUGACUUCGGCUCCAUGACCCUCACACCGUCAUCCACCAUGUCAUCAGGGAGCGACUCAAUCGAUGGCUCUUCGUUCCAAGCCCCGACUUCGGUUGUCAGCUCCCAAAGCACCACACCAAAGGGGUCCGUCACUCUACUCGACUCCACUGGGAACCCCAUGGGUAUCGUUAAUGCCGAAGAACUCACAGCUUUCAGAACGGCGUUGGCUUCCACUCUGAUGCUUAAGAAGCGCCAGAAUGUCCACACUGUGACUGUCUUUGGUGCAGGAAAACAAGCAUAUUGGCACAUCAGGUUGGCACUGAUGCUCAAGGGCGACCAGAUCCGACAUGUCAACAUCAUCAACCGCAACUUCGAGAGGUCUAUCAAGUUGAUGAAAGCAUUCCAGAUGACACAGGAGUCGAAUGAGCAAUGGCGCAAAGACAUCAAAUUCUCAGCCAUGAGCCCCGAAUUUGGCGAAUAUGGCCGGCUCCUGAAGGAGGAAGUUCGAAAAGCAGAUGUCAUUUUCUGCUGCACCCCGUCCGUCGAUCCCCUAUUUCCGGCCGAGUUCCUGACAUCGCGCGAAGGCCGCAGGAAAGGCAGGUAUAUUGUUGCCAUUGGUUCAUACGCUCCACACAUGUGCGAGCUUCAUCCCGACAUCAUGAAAGUUGCCGUUGAACCCAACCACGGGGGCCAUCAUCAUCACCGACACGCUAGGCAGGGCGGAGUGGUUAUUGUCGACAGCCUAGAAUCGUGCUUGAGGGAAGCAGGUGAGAUCGUCAAGGCGAAAUUGAAGCCGGAGCAUUUAGUUGAGAUUGGAGAGCUCAUGAUGAUCAAGAAGGCCGCAACCAGGGAGAUAGAGCUUGGGGGACCGGGCGAGCAAGGGCUCAUCGACUGGCUGACCAAGGGCAACGUCAUCUACAAGAGCGUGGGUAUGGGGCUGCUGGAUCUGGUGGUUGCUGGCGAUAUCAUACGAAUGGGCAAGGAGAGGGACGUUGGUGUGACCAUUGAGGAUUUCUAG